AUGGGAAUUGGAAAGAAAGAAGAUGAAAGGAUUGAAAGAAUAAUUCGGGGUCUUUUAAAACUUCCCGAAAAUCGAAGAUGCAUCAACUGCAAUAUCUUGGGACCACAGUAUGUAUGUACAACUUUCUCAACAUUUGUCUGCACAAAUUGCAGUGGCAUACAUCGAGAGUUUACACAUAGAGUAAAAUCUGUAUCAAUGGCUAAAUUUACUCAAGAAGAAGUCACUGCUCUUCAAGCAGGUGGCAAUGAGAGAGCAAAGCAGAUUUAUUUUAAAGAAUGGGAUCCUCUGCGUAAUUCUUAUCCUGAUUCAUGUAACAUGCACAGACUUAGAGAUUUUAUCAAGAAUGUCUAUGUGGACAGAAAAUUCACUGGUGAAAGGAGUUGUAGCAAUCUUCCCAGGAUUAGAUUGAAUGACAAGGAGGAUUUCAGUGAAAGUAGGAAGAGUAACUCACUUCGUUUUGAUUUCAAAAGUCCUCAUUCAAGCCCUGGUCCAAGAAGUGAUGACAAGAGUUUCAGAUAUUUAUAUGAUGAAAGCAGAAGUCCUAAAUAUGUGCAAAAAUAUUCAAGGCUUGGUGGCCAAAGCAAAAGUCCUAUAAAAUUUGAGGUUGUUGAUGAUAGGUUUCGAGAUGACGACUUUAGAAAUCGGAGGCUGUCAAAUUUAGAAUCAAAGCUAAGACAUCUUUCACUUGAUGGUCAGAAGAAUGUGGACAGAUCCCAACCCCAUGUUGCUAAGACAUCUUUUAGAGAAGUAUUCCUCUCUAUUUCCAUCAUGCUUAAUUUAAAGGUCACACCUUCUGGUGGAGAGGGUUCUGUUGAGGAAAAUCCAUCUGAACAAAAAAUUAGUAAUCCAGAAAGCUUUGUUGAUUUGAGUGCCAAGUCUCAGGCUUCUGAUUCUACUGCUGGAGUUGGACCAGAAUCACCGGGUAUAUCACAAUCAACUGAAAGUAACUGGGCCUCAUUUGCAGCUUCUUCAGAGGCCAAUGUUCCUAAAACUCCAAACACAAAUACCUUGACAUCUUCUACAAUAGAGGCGAAACCUGAAGCAAAAUUUGCAAAUCCUUUAGAUCUUUUACUUUUUGAAUUGUCAGGCCCUUUGACUCAAAUGACUAGUGGCGUAUCAGAAGUCACUAGUGGUGGUGAUAAUGAUACAACAACUACAACAGUAGAAAAUACCUCUACUUGGGAUUUUCCACCUACUUCAAUUGGGCAAACAACUGCAUCUCCCAACAAUACUGAUGUUUGGUCAAUUACAUCAACAACUGCCACUGAGCUGGCACAAUCUUCUAAUGCAAUUUCACCACAUGCUGAGCUAUAUGAAGCAGAAGGCUCCAUUGACGUUUCACAUGCACAUAAACCAUCAAGCAUGCAAUAUCUUCCUUCUGUAUCAGAAGGUUGUAGUUCAACCACACAACCAUCAAAUACACCAGUCAAACCUGUAGCUUCAAAUAAUCAGCCAUCAGUUGCUCCUGAUACACAUGACUCUUCAAGUGCUUUUACUGAACUAUCUUCUCAAACCACCUCAAAACCUACUGAAGACACCAGACCUGAUGUUAGCUCCCAACCUAGUAAAGUGGAAACCAGGUCAAGUGGAAGAAAGGAACUUCCAGAGGACCUUUUUACUUCUAGAUACAUAUGUAGCCCUGCACCACAUGCAGGUUGGCAGAAUGUUCAACAUCAUGGUAUGGGAUAUGGCAUGCAGUAUCCUAAUGCAGUGCCUCCCUCAGCAUUCCCUAUUGUACCUAAGUCCACAAAUCCAUUUGAAGUAACUGAGGGGAGAACUAUAAUACAUGCCUCAUCGUUUCCUACCAUGGCACCUUUGCUCGGUGAACUGCUGCCUCCUGUAUCAACCAGAACAGGACUAAUGCAUGCUUCAAGCCUUGGGUCUUUAGAUGCAAUGGUGCCUCAGUCCUCAAGUUAUGGAUCCCCAGUUCCCUCAGGUGUGUACUUUGAUCAAGUUAAUAAUGAGGAGCAACAUACUAGAUCACAAAGUGUUGACAACUUCAAUAGUGACAAAACUGGCUUUGGAUCUCUAGACACCAUUCAACAGUCCAAUGGGGGAUAUGUGACACCCAGAACUCCAAAUUCUUUUUCAAAUACAAGAAGAAACCCAUUUGAUUAG